AUGUUUUUGAUCUACAAGAAAAUCAAGAAACGCAAUGAGCGGAAACGCCUAGAUUCCACUGUCGCAAAUGCACCAGACAAUGCAAUCGAACUAGACACAAUCGAUAUUCCACCUGACGGAAAGAAAAAGAAAACCCGCACCCCCGAACAACUUGCCGAGAAGCGACGAAAGAAUGUCUACCGCUGGAAGAUCAUCCUGGGCCUAUUCAGUCCAUACUGCCUACAAGCCCUGGAUACAACAAUCAUAGCCUCAGCUCUACCAUUCAUCGCAGAGGAUUUCAACCAAAUCAAACAACUAAACUGGAUCAUCUCCGUCUUCAACCUCACAUCCGCCGCCUUUCUCUUCUUCUGGGCCCAAUUAACCGACCUCUUCGGCCGACACAUCGUCCUCCAAUCCGCAAUCUUCAUAAUGAUGAUCGGAUCCGCAAUCUGCACAGGAGCCCCAACAUCGGCGUUCAGCGUCCUCCUCGUCGGCCGUGCACUCCAAGGCGUCGGGGCAGCAGGCGUCAACAUCUCAAUCCGCACUAUCCUCGCCGACCGUGUCUCCCUCGCCGAGUAUGCAGUCAACUGGACGAUCUUCGCUCUCGUCUCUGGUAUCGGAUUUAGUAUCGGCCCCGUAAUCGGUGGGUAUCUGACGCGGGCGUCGUGGCGCUGGUGUUUCGCGAUCAAUCUGCCUAUCGCCGUUGUAGCUAUGAUAAUUGUGGUUUUUGUUUUGAGGACCGAGCUGCAGGGUCCGCAGCCUAUUCCCGAACUCGAGGGGAGGAGCGACGUGACUUCGUCCGGACGGGUCUUCGCGAGGAUCUCGACUAUCGAUUACGGUGGUCAGAUGCUCUUCCUAUGGGGAUUUGGUCUGCUGAUCCUCGCUUUGACUUGGGCGGGUGGUACAUACUCCUGGAAAUCUGCUGCGGUUCUAGCGCCGCUGGUGCUGGGCGGGGUUCUAGCCAUUGCUUGGGUCGUGUACGAGCGCUUUAUGGUACCUGGCUCAUUGAUGGCGCGGGCGCUUCCGCGUCAGAAGGCAAUGAUGCCGUGGGAGUUACUCAGACAGCGUGAUAUUGGCUUAUUAUUCCUGGUCAAUUUCUCCGUCGGUAUAUGCAUGUUUGCUGUUAUGUAUUUCAUGGACAUAUACUUCACGCUGGUAGAAGGGUGGAGCUCUAGCGAUGCCGGUAUCGCACUGCUAUUUUUCCUUCCUGGCUUAGCCGCCGGACUUUACAUGGCAAUGUUCUCCUCCAACGUCUGGCCUCGCCAAACCCUCCCAGCCCUUUUCCUAGGCAGCAUCACAUCGGCAAUAGGGAUGACCGUGCUAGCAUGGGGCGUGAACGCAGGAAAAACAAGCGUCAUCUACGGCAUGAUGGCGCUGGUCGGCCACGGCGUCGGGAUGCGACUCAACCCGGCGUCUAUGCACGGGCUGGCGUAUUUCCCUGCCAUGACGGCGCAGAUUUCGUGUCUUUCUUCAUUUGCCGUUCCGUUUGGAGGGUUGCUUGGGUUGACUAUUAUGUCGACGGUGUUUACGAAUAAGAGCGGAGCCGGAGAGAGAGAUGCUAAGGGUGGUAUUAUGUGGGCUUUUAUUGCUAUGUUGCCAUUUAUGUGGCUGUCCGUUUUGCUUACUACCUUCCUUGGGAAUGUUUGGAUUUUGAAGAAGGGUGGUCAUGAGGUUGUUAAUAGGUCUUAUCUUUGGGGUUUGAUAUUGAGAAGGGAGCUUGUGCGGGAGAGGAGGGACCGUGGGGAGGAAGUGGGGGAUGCUGAGACGAGGAGUGGGGGAGACUGA